CUGGGUGCAGAUAGGACCACUCCUCUCUCUGCAUAUGAUUUUCUCUCCUCUCUCCACAGUCAGGGCUCGGUGGUGAGGAGGGGGGAGGGUGGUCUUGCAGUCGACGAGAGGAAUAGGAGUUUAUUGAGGAGUAGCUGCAACGGGAGAAAAACGCAUGCAACUGAGCACCGUUGCCUUGCGGAUGAAAAGAAGAGAGAGAGAGGGAGUGAAAAAGAUCGCGCUUGGACGGCUGACCACUCCGCUGAGAAACUGCUGCUCCGUUUGUUUAACUUGUUGAUGCGACGAUAUUCUUCUGUUUUUCCUCUAUCGUCUGGCUGCAGUAUUCUCUUCCGAGGAUUGCUAUUUUGUAUUAAACUCGCCGUGGAUGCAGUUUAAAGAACAGCCUUGCCUAAGAUGCAAUUCGUCUCUGAACCAUAGCACUGUGAUAACCGGAGCAGGGUUAUAUUAAACACUAUAGGCCAGCAUGGCAGCAGGUGUAGCGGCAUGGCUCCCGUUCGCCCGAGCGGCGGCCAUAGGAUGGAUGCCCGUGGCGAGCACCCCUAUGCCUAUCCCCCCACAAGAGAAGAAGAAAGGCAAGGACGGACUCAUCAUCCUCAACGUGAGUGGGACCAAGUUUCAGACGUGGAGAACCACUUUAGAAAGGUACCCGGACACUUUGCUAGGGAGCACUGAGAGAGACUUCUUUUUCCACGACGAAACAAACGAGUACUUUUUCGACCGUGACCCUGACAUCUUUAGACACAUCCUCAAUUUUUACCGCACGGGGAAACUACACUAUCCGCGCCAAGAAUGCAUAUCAGCGUACGACGAGGAACUGGCUUUCUUCGGUAUUAUCCCCGAAAUCAUUGGGGAUUGCUGUUAUGAGGAGUACAAGGACCGGCGGCGCGAAAACGCAGAAAGGCUUCAAGACGACGAGGAAAUGGACCAGAGCAAUGACGUCACGCCGGUGAACCUCACGCCCCGGGAGUUCCUGUGGCGGGCUUUUGAAAACCCUCACACCAGCACCUUGGCACUGGUGUUCUACUAUGUCACAGGCUUUUUCAUUGCCAUAUCAGUGAUGGCCAAUGUGGUUGAGACAGUUCCAUGUGGGAUAAUGCCCAACAGGGCAAAAGAGAUGUCUUGUGGUGACCGUUACGCCCUGGCUUUCUUUUGUUUGGACACUGCCUGCGUCAUGAUAUUCACAGUUGAGUAUCUCCUCCGAUUGAUAGCAGCUCCCAGCCGGUACAAGUUCAUGAAAAGCGUGAUGAGCGUCAUCGAUGUGGUCGCCAUCAUGCCUUACUACAUUGGCCUGGUCAUGACGGAUAAUGACCAGGUGAGCGGUGCUUUCGUCACGCUGAGGGUCUUCCGGGUCUUUCGGAUUUUCAAGUUCUCCCGGCACUCUGCAGGGCUUCGCAUCCUGGGCUACACCUUGAAGAGCUGCGCCUCCGAGCUGGGCUUCCUACUAUUCUCCCUCACCAUGGCCAUCAUUAUCUUUGCAACGGUCAUGUUUUAUGCAGAAAAAGGCUCCACAGCCAGCAAGUUCACCAGUAUCCCCGCAGCGUUUUGGUACACCAUUGUCACCAUGACAACACUGGGGUAUGGGGACAUGGUGCCAAAAACAAUUGUGGGCAAGGUGUUUGGGUCCAUAUGCUCUCUGAGUGGUGUACUGGUCAUCGCCCUGCCUGUCCCUGUCAUUGUGUCAAACUUCAGCCGGAUCUACCACCAAAGCCAGCGGGCGGAGAAGCGACGAGCCCAGAGGAAAUCUCGGCUUGCUAGAAUCCGUGCUGCGAAGAUUCGAGGCACUAAUGUCUAUAUGCGCUACAAACAAAACGGGCAGAUCAACUCACUGGAGGAGGCCUCCAAGGAGGCAGGACAAGCCCUGGUGGCCAAGGCCCCCAGCCCUCCUUUUGAGACCCAACAUAAUCACCUGCUGCACUGCCUGGAGAAGACCACGAACCACGAGUUUGUGGACGAGCAGACGUUUCAGGCCAACUGCAUGGAGAUCUCUGUGAUGAACAAGUCGGGGUCCUGUGCGUCCUCGCUGUCCUCGUCUCCACACGGCCUCAGCUCGUGCUGCUCACGACGCCACAGGAAGAAGAACAGCUUCAGCCUGCCCAGCACAAACAACCAGGAGCUCAGCACCAUACAGAUUCGAGAGAGGCCAAUGGCCAACAGCCGCUCCAGUCUGAAUGCCAAACUCGAUGGGACUGCGCCCUUGAAAUGUGACAAAUCCUACAUCACUCCUUCCAUGGUCAGCCUCUCUGCCCCGGUGGUGACCUCAUCGGACGGGCACGGCUCCACCACCACCUCCACAUACUCUCAGAGCAACAUUGUCCGAGUAUCUGCCUUGUAGAUGUCAUGCUUAUCUGAUCAGCUAACUGGUCUCAAGAAGCAUCAGAUGCUGAGGAGAGGGACCACCGAGCAUCAACCUGCCAUAAUCUAGAGGGAUUAUAAGAUUAGCAGAAAUCUGGGUUUUUUGAAGUAGUGAUCUCAUCUGAUGUCAAACUCUGCAUGGUAUUACAAUGAUGUGGACGGCUGCCUUGGAUAUAUGAGCGAACCAGCAGAUCUUGCUCCAUUAAGCACAGCAGAGCAACGGGAGUGAUUGGAUUGCGUGGUUAUCGUUGUUGCCUAAAAAUAUCGAGAAAACUUUAUUUUUGAAUAUGUAAUGUUGUGGUAAUUCUUGUCUUCUGGUUCAAAGGAGGAGAGGCAGACGUUACAAGGUCACUCAUCAUGGCCUCUGAUGACAAAGCACACAUAUUCAUUAACCGAGGGCCAUCUUUGUGAAUAUUAAAUCCGAAUACUUACACAGAAGAGACUUUCACUCACUACCCACUUAAAUAGAUUGUUUUGAAACCCCUCAAUUAACUGCUUUCUAAUAGUCCCCUCACUGUUGUAAAUUCAGAAAACAUGCAUCCACUGGAAUGGAUAACUGUUGUGAAUAUUCAUUAACUGACUCAUUAACUGGUUGGUGUCAUCGCUUGAUGAGUAAAAUAUGCUUCGCAUCAUGACAUGUUUGUGAAAUGUGCAAGUGAAAGUCAAAAUGACAAAAUCUGUGUUAACUUACAUAUUUGACAUUCUGAAAUGUGAAAGCCAUUUUCAUUAAUUAACAAUUGAUAUUGCGAACUAUACAGGGUACAUGCAGUAUUAGUUAGGUCACAAGGUAGAACUACAAGUUAAUGUUCUCUGCAACACUUAACUAAUACUAACCCUAAUGUUGACUUAAACCAUAUGAAAGAGUGUUGGACAUCAAUUCCACUGAGUUGCUCUUAAAUUCUAAUAUCCAUUAUAAUCAGCGAGACUUGGUAGAUUUCACUGUGUUAAAGGACCAUUUUGUACAUUUUUCAUAUUGUAAAUAUCUCAGUCAGACUUUAUCAAAUGCAUUUGAAGUUGGCUUCUCUUAUUUCUAGAUUUAGUUGACAGUUGUUGCCAUACUAUUUCUGUCUGUUAACUGGUUGAAUUAAGGAUUUGCAUGCUGUCAUUGCAGAGUUCUGUUUUAUUAAAAGUAUGUCUUCUUGUCGGAGGUUUGUCAGUAAAAAUGAGAUUAAUGAAAGGAAAUACAAUGAGCCUGGUAUGUUAUGAUGUAAAUUCUUUGCUUUUAAUGAAAUUAAAAUCUUGUCAUGGGUAAGGAAAAAGGGAUAAAUAAUCACGCAUUGUGCAUUUGGUGCAGUGGAUAGAAUAAAUACUGUAGCUCUACUGAAAAACCCAUUAAAUGACCCAUGUCUUGUGUUUUUAAUAGGGCGCAAUUAGGUGGAUUUCUUCAUGUUUUGCUUGAUUACUCAAAGAGCUAAUAAUAAUAGGAUGAGAUAAUAAUUAGGUGCUGCUGGAGGACAUGUGAGGGCCUGACUGGCCCAGCGGUGGGUCUCUGCUGCGGGGUCUCUUGAGACAGACAGGCAGGCCUCAAUGAUUGUUUGACAGAGCACUCCGCUGUGUCCCCCUGCUGAGCACACUGCGUAGGACCAGGCUGUUUGUCGCAGCAUGCAGCGUCUCCGCUCUGCCGUGUUAAAUAACCGUUGUGAAGUCAGGCUGCAUAAAAUCUAAGAUAACACAGCGGCAUAUAAAAUAAUAAACCUCCUAUACACAAAUAAAAAUUCACACUUUGACGUCUGGGGUUUAAAUGUGUGUCUGUUUGAAAAAUGACUAGAGAAACCAUUGUAGUAUUCAGUUACAUAUUGUAUACUGAAUAUGGUCUAAAAAGAUAGUAGUCAGAAGCGAAAAUAUUAUAAUUUCUUACUGAAUCUGGACACACAUUUUAUUUUUAACCUCCCAAACUCCGUCCUAAACUGAGGGUU